UCUGUUUUUUUAUUUGCUUCUUACCUUAAUCUUUGUUCUUAUGCUUUUUUUCUUUCUUGUUUCUGUUUUUUUUAAUUCUACCACCAUGUCUAAUUUGACUAUGUUUGCUCAUUAAGGUGUAAAUUUGUGUUUUUAUUAAUUUGAGAAUUGGUUGGGGGUGGUUUUGUUUGAAACAUUUCAUGGGUUUGUGGUUUUUCCCUUUUUGUUGUUUUUUUAGUUUAAGGUUACUGCAUUGUUUUUAAUUUGUGUUUUCGUUUUAAAAAUGUGGUGUGUUUGCAUUUUUACAAUUCUUCAAUUUUUAUUGUCAAGCAAUUCUUUUACCUGUUUUUUAUUUUGUUCAAUUGCUGUUUUUAAUCUGUUCGAAUAAUCGGUAAUCAUUUUUAUUUAACUGAACAUAUGUUUUUGUUGUUUUUCUUUCUUUUAGAUAAAGCUUGCUCAAUGUUAUUUUGUUUUUUUAAUCAUUGUGUGUUAUAAUCUUCUAGCUUUGUUCAAUCUUUAGUGGUUUUUAUUUUGUAAAAUCACUUAUGUCCAAUAAUUUCUAGCUGUGGUGAUGAAUUGUGGCAAGUCCAAGUUGUCUGCACCAGUGUUAUUGAAUAUCUGCAAUGGCAGCACCGUGGCGGAUAUCAGUGGUGGUUUUUGGGCUCGCCGCAAUGGGAUGGAAGCCCUUGGUUCUGUGGAUGACCUUUUGGAUUUCUCAUCUGACAUAGGCGAGGAUGAUGACGACAACACCAAGAAAUCCUUUCCUUCACUUAAACCAAAAUGUGGUGAUCCACUGUCGCUUGAUCCAUUGGGCUUGGACGAUCCAAAUUCAUUUUCUGAGUGUGCAGAAGAAGAGCUUGAAUGGCUAUCCAACAAAGAUGCGUUUCCGGCGGUUGAAACAUUUGUUGACUUAGCCUGUAUUCAACCAGAUAUCAUGAAGUAUCAAAGGACGGCGCCGAUGCUGGAGAACAGCACAAGCAGUAGCAACAGCAAUAACAGUAGCAACAGCAUUACCCUCCUAAGUGGCUACAAUCACAUAAAGUUCCCUGUCCGUGCACGGAGCAAAUCUCGCAGUAAGCCUCGCCUUGGCCUUGCUGACACCUCUAACCAGCACUUCUCGUGGAGACUACCGAGUAACAAAGUUUCAAAAGAACGAGCGGUACAAACCUUGACCAUUGGGAGGAAAUGUAAUCACUGCGGAGCCGAAAGUACUCCUCAAUGGCGGGCAGGUCCAAAUGGUCCCAAAACACUUUGUAAUGCAUGUGGGGUUAGGUUUAAGUCUGGGCGACUUGUGCCUGAAUACCGCCCUGCAAAUAGCCCAACUUUUCGCAGUGACGUGCAUUCUAAUUCCCACAGGAAAGUACUGGAGAUGAGGAAGCAUAAGGGAAUGGGUUGAAAGUCAUGGAUAAGAUGAAAAGUGGUAGUGAAACAUUGCUUUUAGCAUUUAGCAUUGCUAAAGGUUAGGAUUUUGUUUUUCAUUUUAUUCUGAUUUAUUCUAAUUUAAUUUUAGUCCAUUUUUGCUAUGGGAUGAUUUAGAUGGGCAGUGAAAAUUUUAGAUUAAAAUUGAAAUUAGAGUCAUUAAAUCCUUUUCAUCAA